GAGUAAAAUUCACUAAUUUUCCUACUCCUCAAAGUACUUAUACUCUUAGUAAAGAGACUUUAGAGGAGAAUUGGUUGCGGUAUAUUUUUGAAGAGAAGUUGAAAGCUGAAGAAGCGGGGGAGAUAUUAAGGUAUCUCCAAGAACGCAAAAAGGAAGAGAAAGUGGUUCGGAAGAAAUCCCAAAGAAUUAAAGAUAUCAAAUCCAACUUAAAAAAAUAUCAGUUAAAAACAGAAAAAUUAACCCCCCAAGAUAUUGAAAAGUUUGAUAAGGAGGAAAAAAGGAAAAAGAAAUCUAAACCAACUAAAAUUACCGAGGAAAUAGAUUUAGAUCAGGAGAAACAAGAGCCUGAGGAAGAAAAAAUAAAACUUUCUAAGUUCUCCAAAAGAAAAAGAAAUAAAUAA